AUGCGAUCCGCGUCGCCGUCGGCGUUUAGAUCAGAUUCGAUGUGGGCUCGGCGCGCACAUCGGGGCAGGUGCCACGACCCGCAUUCUGCAGCCUUCUCCUCUAGGCCAAAUACAGCAUGCACGGGGCGCACUCAUAACCUUAAAGCCAACCAAGCUCGGGCGGGGACAGCCAAGCCCGGGCCUGCGCUCGUCGACUCUCGACAUGGUGCACCGUGUGCGAGCGCGCCCACGCGUUCCCAUGCGCCCGGGGCGAGAGCCCAUCUGAUCUUCUGCGCGCCGUCGGCUCCAGCACGUCCGUCCGUGGACAUCCUUCUGCGCACCGCUCGCUCGCUGUUGCCUCGUCCGAUCCUCAUUACGUCUCCGGCGGCGGUGAGGCCUGAGGGCGGGCCGCGCGCCGCUCCCCUGCCGGAUGCCUUCGGGAUCCGUGGUUUCUCCAUUGGAUACGCGCGGGGACCCAUCCCGCGCCUUGGGCCGCCGCGGAGAGACGUGCCCCUCUCGCCAGCCUGCCGCAUGGGUCGCACGAGAGGCAACGCGCUGCGCCAAUCGGGACCCGGACCCAACUGCGUGCCGCGCCGUGCGACGGGCCGCGGGUGGUUUCGACAAGUGAAUUGUAUUCAUCGAAGCGCGAUGAUGGCCACGGGGGAGAUCGCGCGGCGGGCGCAAGACGUAACAGUGGCGUGUCACGUAGGUUCUUCGUCACUGUGCGUGUCGCUGGGGAGAAGAGAGGGGCCGAUAUCUGAGGGGGCCGCGGGGUCGGGGCGCACGCCACGACUGGAGCGCGGGGAUGGUGAGCCGAUUGCUAAGGCCGGACGGCGCGGUGGUGACAGCGGGGGUGAGGGGUGGGGAGAAAGAACGUCGAGAACGGUGGUGAGCGAGGUUCUCCCGCAUGAAGUGCCUUGGGGUGGUUGUGAGCGACUGCGUGUCGAGGAAAAGGCCAUGUCCUGUGAGGGCUUGAACGUCGGCGGCAGCGGUGCGGGGUGGUUGACCAGUGACUGGGCACACGGCCCGAAAUUUCGCCCUGGCGGGACGAGUUUCCGAGCCAAAGCCACCGUCUUCUCGGGCGCACGGGCGUACAGAUCGGUCGGAGAUGAUGAGAGGGAGUCUGACGCAUGUGAAGGCCAAGUCGUCGGGCGUAUGGUGACAGGGUCUUUCAUGCGGCGUCUUCAACAGCAUCUACCCGUUACAGGACGGCUGCGCUGUCGAGGCGGGUCGGGAGAGCGCGGGUGGGUGAUUGGUGGGCGUGUACGGAGUACGAGGUACGGAAAGAGCAGCCGGAAAUUCCACUUGCACCGAGGCCGACAGAUCCUAGAUGUGGGCGCAGAGAGCAGGCGGGAUGGCGACGGGAGGGGUGGAAGACGCAGGGGCUGCGCCGCGCCGCGCGCAGGGGAGGAGGGGCCCAGCUCCCGAGGCGAGGGGCACGGCAGGCCCUCGAGCGACAAACUGGCCAUCCGCGUGGCCCGAGCCACAUUGCCGCUGUGGACACGCGACCCUGUGCAAGUCUAUCAACCGUCGUCUCGGAGGUGGGCUUCCCACGGCACGCGCACAGUGAGAAACCGCAUCCGCCGGCGAGCGAUUCUAGAGCGUGGUAGCGGGCUCUCAGGCGCGGUCGCAAACGCGUCAAGGGUGAAGAGGAGCACCGCAGCCGUCGGUGGAAGCGAAAGGUCUUGUCUCCAACGUGCAGUGCGAAAGUGA